GUCGGAUUUGUUUAUUGGUGACACCGUGGGAACAGCUGUCAGCUAGGGACUAUAUACAGCCACCCUUCUGGCUAACUCAAACGUCGAUCAAAUUGUAUGACUUAUUUCCGUUUUAUAUUUCACGGGUUGAUUGGAGGACUGUUGCCAUGGAGCCAGCCUGCCGUAAAGACAAGCCAAAGCUGAACUCCACCCCGACCAGAGGAGACAGAGCCAGGCAGAAAUCUGCGCAACAAGAACACAAACAGCGACAGAGAGCAGAGAUUUAUGCCCUGAACAAGGUGAUGACGGAGUUGGAGCAGCAGCAGUUUGAGUCCUUUUGUAAACAGAUGCAGUCACAAGGAGAAUGAUGAGAGCUGCCUUCCUUUUCCAUCUGGACCAGGGCCCUGCAGAAGCCCCAUGUACGCACGCUAUCGCCUCCAUGCAGUCAGACACUUCUACUUACGCUGACGUUCAGCAAGACAAUCGUUGCUCUUGGUGUUUUACCGUCUCAAAUUCCUGACUAUACAAAAUACUAUAAAACUACAACUAUACUAUGAAACAAACUACAGAAAUAUUAACACAUGAUCUCCAGUAUAGUAGGACAUCAGUCCAACCAAUCACAUCAGGAGUGACAGGUUAUUAUUCUACGACUUCUAUCAUUUAAACAGAGAUUACACAUUAUGAGCAGUAAACGUUCAAGUGGAACUGCUCUUAAGGAACAGACAGCUGUCUAGUAUUUUUAUUUGUAUAAUAUUUUAAUGUGAUGUAAAAAUUGUUUUAAAAACUCCUAAAGAAAUGAGAAGACAGGCAAACUGUUGAUACAGCGGAAAUAAAAUGGCAUGUGUGGCUCUGUAGGAGGCCUCGACAGAGAGAAACUCAGGAUUUCUUAAAGAAAACCUCUUUCUGGAACUGAAAACCAGAGAUUUCCUCAUCUCCGGUUGAACUAACUCUGAGCUUUCACUAAUCCCACUUUCUGAAACAGGGCCCCGAAUAUACCAGAGAGUAUUGUUUUAAUUAACCAACACGAUUUUUAAAUGGGAACAACUGCGAGCAGAGUUUCAUGUUUCCUACAGACACAUCAAGUCAGCGACAUAUUCUUUGCCUUAAUAUCUGCCUUUGUAACAAUUAUGUCACGGUUUAACUGAGCUUGUAUGCAAGUUUUCUCUGAGAAACAUCCAAAGGGCUUUGGACGUCCAACUCCCAACAGCAGAGCAAGAGGUUGUUGUAGGUUGUUGUCAUGAAUAUUGCUUAAUGUAGAAUUAAAGUAGACGGUUCCAUUAAUAUGCCAGUGUUAAUGGUGCUCACUUUGAACACUAUCUUCACUGUAAGAUAUUUAUAUAAACUUAAGUAUGUCAUCCACUCGCACUUAAGUUAUACCAUUUUUAUUUAAUGCAAAUAAAAAGUGAGUUUUUUUUAAAGAAA